CGCGUUUCAGUUUGAAAAAAAAAAAAAAAAACAGAAAAAAAAAGGGGGUCGGGCUGCUGCCCUUCCCCUCUCCCUUCCUUCCCCGACCUUCCCCUUCCCCCCUUCUUCCCCUCCCUCUCCUCUUCCCGUCGAGCAGCACAGCAGCAGCAGAGCCAACCGGCGCCGACCCCAACCUACCUCCCCGUCGUCGCCCCUCUCCUGCCGCGCGGCGGCCCUCUGACCCACCCACGGCUCCAAUCACCCACCUCCCCCCAGGUCUGAUUUGAACAACCUAGAGUUGAAGAUUCAAGAACAAACAAAAAAUUAGGGUUCUUCAAAUUGGGGGUUUUGCUCAAUUUCGAAUUUGAGGUGACAUUGGAGUGUGAUGAUUGCUUGAUUGGGCCAAUUGAAGUGCAAUUACUGUCUAGAAGAAUAUUUGCAGAAGAUUUAUGGGUGCAUCUUGAGAAUUGGUUGAUUUGUGGGUUGCAGAAUUUGGGGAUUUUCUGAUUGUGGUAGCAGUGAACUGGAAUUUGGGAAGCAGAGUACAGAUUUGUGAAACCUUAGUGGUUCAAGAGCAGAGGGGAGGUUUAAGAAGUUUGUUUUCCAGUUUGCACUCUUGGUUGCAGAUAUGGUACGUCGAAGGUAUAUCCCUCCACCUCGGCAGUUCAAGGUAACAUAUCAAAGUGAAGAUGGGAAGACUGUUUACCGUUCGUGGAUGAUUGAAGACAGCCACAAGGUGACCGAUAGAGACAGCCCAAUUCCAGAAGUUCCCCCACAACUUCAAGCGGUCAACAUGCCCGCUCGAUUUCACAGGAUGAUCACCGGACAGGUUGGACCCACGAUGCGGUCCCGGACUAUUGAGAUGACUUCUCCAACUCCAUCUCCACCACAGCAGCCUGCUCAAAUGCCUACUGAAGAACCUCCAUUAUCAGAUUCAACACCAGUUGUAUCACCGGAGAGCAGGCCAGCAAAGAGGAGUCGUCUCCAGCAAUCGAGCUCAUCUUCACGAUCACAGAUGUCUUCUUCUUCAGCACCUGCACCAUCCACGACACCACGUCGUACUAGCCUAAGUGCAAGCAAGAAGAAGGCUGGCACUCCUCCUCCAAAGGACGUCUCUAAGACGUUCGGUCAGCCUGUCCAGCUCCAGAAACAUAAGGAAGAAUAUGCCGAUCUGAUGAAACGAGCGGUCACCCCUUCUCAGUUCAUGGACUAUGCAGCAUUGCAGAAGACCGAGCGGGCUGAGGAAGUGAUGACAUACUUCCGCCGAAUGAAUUGGGCACGAUUUCCGGAGCUGCACUUCCCCACCUAUCCACACCUCACCAGAGCAUUCUUGGCCACAUACAGCUUCGAGGAUAAUGGGGUUGAGAGCAAGCUUCAGAGUACUUUGGCAGGGAAAACAAAGUCCCUCUCUUUGAGCCAAGUAAACCGAGCACUUCUCUUCGAUGGUCCAGCAGAUGCAAUUCCUGAUGAAAAGCAGGACUUGAGUGAGUUUUGGACGACAAUUGUGGCAGAUGGAAAGGAAUUCAAUCCUACUUCUUCGAGGAGAGCAUCGAUCAGAGACCCGAUAAUCCCACUAGUACAUGACUACCUGGCUCGCACUGUCUUGGGAAAGGGAUCCAAUGCCAGUGGUGUCUACACCACCGAUCUCAGGUACAUUCACAGUUUUGUUACUGGAACACCAUUGUGUGUUGGGUACAUGGUGGGUAAGAUGCUGGAAAAUGAUGCACUGAAGACUUGCGGAGCAAUUAUGUGUGGGGGAAUCAUUACUGCCUUAGCUCGAGCUUACUGGGGGUUCCCGGAGAACCCUACGGGUUUAGAGAUCAGUGAUGGCUCGACUCUGCUUGGGGAAGCAACAUUAGGCAAAUUGGGUUUUCUGAGGAAAGUAGGAUCUCGUGGAGAGUAUCUAUCUAUCGCCAAAUACAAGGAGUGGGAGACCAAGGUCAAUCGGAAAAGAGAAGCAAGAGCUGCUAGAGCAACUUCUGCUUCGGCAUCAUCUGCUGCACCAUCAGUAGCCACUCCGACCACAGCUCCAGCUCCUACACCCACAGCAGCGAGGCACUCGGACUCGAGUGUCAGCCAGGGCCAGCAGUCCCAUCCUACUCCAGUUCCGCAUCCAGAAGAUACCCCACCAGUCGUACCAGCUUCACCAUCAUCUACAGACGAGCUCAGAGCCAGAAUAGCUCUCUUGGAAGCCAGAGACGCAGAGAAAGAUAAGAAGAUCCAGGAGCUAAACCGGCGUCUAGAUGAGAAGCUCGGCACUCCUGCAUCGACCCCUCCUCCAUAGGAGCUUGUCCCGAGGUUCUUUUUCUUUUCUUUUCUUCUUUUCUUCUUUUCUUUGUGAAUACUUCUGAUGAUGGUCUGUAUAAUGUUAGUUAGGUGAACCGAUUGGUGUGUCGUGUGUAGUUGUAGACAUUGUGGACAAUGUCCAUCCUGAGUGUGGGGUGGAUGGUCUGUGUUCUUGUCGUGUUUUGUGUUUUAUGUCGAGUCGCAGUUGUCCACAGUGUCUCGUUUUGUGUUUAAAAAAAAAAAAAAAAAACUGCCAUUAGGUUGAGCACAGGCAAGCUGCAUGCAGUCUGCCUGUGUAAAAAGCAGUCUGCCUGUGUUAAUCUAAUGGCUAAAAAACACCUAAAAAUCAG